AUGCAAUAUUCAACACUUUUUGUCUCUUUCCUCUUCUCCACUGCUGUGGCAGCUCAGGGUUAUAAUGGAACCCUUACUGAGACACAGACAUGCAAAGAAAUGUUGAAGUUGAACGCCUUGGUUCAGUUGGCCAACAAUCAAACCAAGGUCGAUGCUAUCACCGGAAAUAACGCAACAAGAGCUGCUUCUCUCCAAGCUCAAGCUUCAGCCGCUUCCGUGAAACUCACGGAGCUUCAAAGCAACACUACCCUCAUGGCCGACUGUGCUGUCAUUGAUUCAGCAAUCAUGACCAAUUCAUCAUGCACUCAACAAUUUCUCCUUCAAAAAUUCGUUGACUUCGCCGCCAACGAAACAUUGGUUACAGCCACCGUCAACAAUGACAUGACCAAAGUAGCAGAAAUCGAACUCAAGGCCUCAGAUGCCGCCGAAAAACUUCAAACAUUACAAUCAAAUGCUACAUUACAAGCAGCUUGUCCCGCAGUCUUCAUGGCCGAUGAAUGUAAAAUGGUAGUUGCUCUUCAAAAAAUCGCAGAUCUAGCGAUGGAUGAUUCGAAAUUGAGUAAGAUUGCCAAGGGCAAUUCGACAAAGGAGGCGAAUAUUAAGGCUGCCGCUAGUGUAGCUAACAUGCAGGUUAUGAUGUUGGAGGCGAAUGCUACUUUGAUGGCGGAGUGUCAGAGUAUGGGAAUUGAGGUUUCGAAUGCUGCCACGGAAAAAUCAACUUCCUCUACAACCGCCAAGUCGUCCGCGAGCAUUAAUAAGAUGAGUCUUACUGCGCUCUUUAUGGGUGUUUUGGCUAUGGGUAUGGCUACGUUGUAG